AUGGCGAUGAAUAAGCAAGCUUUACUCUUCGCACUUUCCUUUCUCCUUUCUUGUUUUCUCCGCUCUCCCAGCUGCGAAUGUGGAACUACAGAAGAAAAGUACUACAUGGUUGGAAUGAAUACAUUUCUUAUUGAAGAGGCGAGGAAUUUUAAUGCCUCGACUAGAAGCCCAAGCGGGGCACUGGCGUUCCAAGAAAUAGGAAGAGGAGGGGCAGAUCUGCUCAUUACUCAUCUCAAUGUAGCCUCCAAUUCAAGUUGGAGGGAUGUGCUGACGCAAGGGCUUCAAAGGGAUAAGCACCUUGUUAAUCGCAUCCUUACCCAUAAUGCUAGAUCCUCUCCUUUAGGGACAAAUGCCUUCAGCACUCCCGUUACAUCCGGGAGGGAACUACAGGGUCCAGAAUAUACUGUAGCAGUUUCCAUUGGAACACCAGCUCAGAAACAACUGAUGGGAAUUGAUACGCUCAUUUCCCUAUCAUGGAUUCAGUGCAACCCCUGCAAGGAUUGUUCUUCCAAUGCAAAGCUCCCCAUGUAUGUCCCAAAGCAAUCCUCCUCCUAUAGGUCGGUGUCUUGUAAGCUCUCGAAAUGUCCACCCCUGGGAUCUGAUCCCAAGGACUUUGAGUCAAAGUGUGACAACUGGGAUACCUGCACUUACAGGGACACUAAUGGUCUCGCCCAAGGAUCCGAGGGAGAUUAUAUCACAGAGACUCUGCAGGUGGGUGACAAUACCUUGAACGAGUUACACAUGGGAUGCGCCUAUAGCUUCACUCCACGCAGGGAGUAUGCAACAUCCGGGCAUUUAGGAUUGGGCAGGGGUCCCCUUUCCUUAGUUUCCCAGAAGGCUGGUGGGCAGUUCUCCUACUGUCUUCCGAAUUACCUGUCUCUGGGCGCAACAGGAUCGCUGAGUUUAGGGAAGUAUUCAGUUCCAUCCUCUGUUAAAGUCUUCACACCCAUGCAAAAAGAGCCACAGUUUGCUUCAAGUGCAUACAUCUUGGGACUAGAAGGUAUCAGCGUGGGAGGCCAACGCUUAAGCGUGAACAUGCAGGUUCCUGGUGCUCUGCCCACAAUAACUUAUAUUGACACAGCAAUAAUGGCUACCCAGUUGGUGAAACCUCUGUACGAUGCUUUGAGAUCAUCCUUCGAGGAAAAGAUGAAGACAUACGCGCCAGCUGUUCAGCCCGCCAAGCCAUUCGGAGAAUUUAAACCGUGCUACCAAUUAUCCAACAUAACAUCUGUCAAAAUCCCCACCGUUACUCUUCAUUUCAAAGGCAAUGCCAAUUUCGAUGUCCCCGCUGUGGGAACUCUGCUUCAAGUUGCCAAUGAUGUGGUGUGUUUCCCCUUUCAACAGUCUCCAAAUGACGCUGUGAAAAUCAUCGGGAAUGUCCAGCAACAGGGUAUUACAGUGGCUUACGACAAUGUAAACAACAGAAUUGGCUUUGGCCCUGGCUCUUGCUGA